UUUUGAAUAUAAAUUUCUUUCGGCAAAUGAAGUGAAAUAAAAGUAAAAACAACAAUCCACCAUUGUAAUUGUCUGAUUGGUUGAAACGGGUUGAAUAUGAAGCCAUUUAUGAGUCGAAUGUUGUUUGUUUGAUUAAAAUUUUAAAAUACUGAUAUUCACUACUCUUACAAUCAUACUGUGUUCUGCAAUUUUAUGGCUGCAAAAGCAUCCUUUACGGGACAUCAAAAUUCUAGCAGUGACGAUAUAGAUCUCGUUGAUAAAUUGUUAAAUAAAACUGGAUGUGCAGAUUUGCAUUACAAAGUUCAGGUAUGAUUAGCUAACUAUUACUGACAUUCUCCUGCAUUCAACUGUAAAUUAACUUCAAAAUAAGCAAAGCACUGGUAGUGCUUUGUUAGUUAUCUCUUUUUGUGGAAAGGAAUUUUUAAAAUUUGAGUUUCAUCGUUUAGAUUUCUCAAAAUGGAUUUAAACAUACCAUUACCUAAUGCCGAACCAACAGAGGCGUUAUUUUCGAAUUUCAUUGCCGAAGUGAAAGAAAUCGAGAAAAGAGAUUCAGUUCUUACGCCAAAACAACAAAUUGAUCGAUUGCUCCGACCUGGUAGCACAUACUUUAAUUUAAAUCCAUUUGAAGUAUUGCAAAUAGAGCCGGAAACAUCUCUUGACGAUGUUAAAAAGCAGUAUCGAAGAUUAUCUAUAUUAGUUCAUCCUGAUAAAAAUCCUGAUGAUAGAGACAGAGCUCAACAAGCUUUUGAUAUUAUAAAUAAAGCAUAUAAAUCAUUGGAUGAUGAUGGUCAACGUGCUAAAGCUUUGGAGAUAGUUGAAGAGGCUAAAGGACGCACCGACAUGAUGGUUGAAGAAAAAAGGAGAAAACAGAAAAAAGCUGGAAAGGGAACUAAAGUAGAGGAAGAUGACCCUGCCAAAUAUAAGCAUGCUGUUUAUGUUUUGACUAUGAAGCUGUUUGCAGAUUUAGAAAGAAAACGAAGACAAGCGGAAGAACGUGGAAUGGAAGAAAGGAAACGUAAGAGAGAGGAGGAAAUAGAGGAAGAAGAAAAGAAAAAGACUGAUAAGGAAUGGCAGAAAAACUAUGAAGAAAGCAGAGAUAACCGAAUCACUAGUUGGAAAGAAUUCCAGACAGGUGGAAAAGCGAAAAAGAAGAAAGUUAAAGAAUUCCGCCCUCCUAAACAUAAAGCAGAAACACGCUGAAUCAAUUAAUUGAAGGAAUGUUUCUUCCUUUAAAGGUUUAUCCAGACUAGAGCUGUUUGAAAUCUCAGCUGCUUUUUUUAAAUGGAAUGUAUUGCCGAGACCAAAGAUUGGAGAAAAUGCCAAAAAGAAGUAAAGGAAUUCCAAACUUGCAUAAAAUCACAUGAAAUGCAGAAACUGAAGGAUAAAAAAAUGUAAAAAAAAAUUGCUAAUUUUAGAAUAAAUUGUUAUUUUUCUGUUUUA